UAAGUGAGGGAAUGCCACGUACUCGGCCUUCAGCACCCGAAGCAGAGGUUUGGUCAAUCUUAUUUCUUGGUAUUUCUCCAGGACCUCGUGUAAAGAAAAUGUUCGUGCGUUUCCGGUUUCACCUUCCUAUUUGAUUACCAUGGCGACUGUAGGGCCGCUCUGCGCCCCGGAGGGAUCAUUUCUAUGACUCAAGCGCGGGAAUUUGGAAGUUCGGUGACUCCCCACGCCCGCUUCGGAUAGAAACUGGGAGGGUUUUUCAAUGGCGGGCCGUCGAGGGGCUUUGAUUGUCCUGGAGGGGGUCGACCGAGCAGGCAAAAGCACACAGAGCCGAAGGCUCGUGGAGGCCCUCUGGGCAGGAGGGCACCAGGCCGAACUUCUCAGAUUUCCCGAAAGAUCAACAGAAACUGGAAAGCUAAUAAGUUCUUACUUGGAAAAGAAAAACAACUUGGAGGACCACACAGUGCAUCUACUGUUUUCUGCUAAUCGUUGGGAGCAAGUGCCAUCUAUUAAAGAAAAAUUAAGCCAAGGUAUCACUCUAAUAGUGGACAGAUACGCCUUUUCUGGAGUAGCCUUUACAGGUGCAAAAGAAAACUUCUCUUUGGAAUGGUGUAAGCAACCAGAUGUGGGGCUUCCAAAGCCAGAUUUGAUACUUUUUCUUCAAUUGAGCACAUCGGAAGCAGCCAAACGGGGAGAAUUUGGAAACGAACGCUAUGAGAAUACGUCUUUUCAGGAGAAAGUUCUACAGUGCUUUUACCAUUUGAUAAAAGAUAAAUCUUUAAACUGGAAGUUGAUUGAUGCUUCAAAGAGUGUAGAAGAUUUGCACAAAGAAAUUAAAUCCUUUGCAGAAGAGGCUAUGCAAGAAGCUCAGCACAAACCUCUCGGAGAACUGUGGAAAUGAAAUUUACUUAACUUCUAAAAGACAGGGCUUAUAUAAUCACAUUCUGCACUAUUUGCAUUCACAUAUUCGGUGAACCAGCGUUUCUGUAUCUAUAUUUGAGAGGCCACGCAGGUUUCAUUUGCUAAUCUUUACUAUUUAUUAGUUCCAUCCUCUACAAAGAGUGAAGCUUCUCCUUUCGUUAGAAAGCAAUUUUGCAGGGACUCACAUCUGGAAAAAAAAUGCAUGAAUAGAGUAAUAUCUUCUAUAUUCCUUGUAGAUAAGACUUGAUAUGCUCAAUACUAUAGUUUUUCUAUAAAGAUAUUGAA